AUGCAACGUUCUGUCCUUUUCUCUGCGCGCCGGCGCGGCCCAGCGACGGGCAUGCGAUUCUUCUCUGCCAGCGCUUCUCGACCAGCCAUCAACAAGAUCGUCUCCUCCGCGCAAGAAGCUAUCAAGGACAUGAAGUCCGAUUCCACAGUUCUGGUCGGUGGAUUUGGCUUCUCUGGAGUCCCCAACACCCUCAUCAACGCUCUACGCGAUCGGAGCGACCUUACAAACUUCACAGUGGUCAGCAACAACGCCGGUAUGCCCGGUGUCGGGCUUGGACAGCUUCUGGAGACAAAGCAGAUCGGCACGAUGAUUGCGAGUUACAUCGGAGACAACAAGGUGUUUGAGCAAAUGUACCUGAAGGGUCAAUUGAGUCUGCAGUUGACCCCUCAGGGUACCAUCGCAGAGAAGUGCGCUGCUGGUGCUGCGGGUGUACCGGCCUUCUACACACCAGCGGCAUAUGGAACAAUAGUGCAAACCGGCGAACUCCCUGUACGAUAUAACACCGACGGCACCAUUGCCAAAAUGGCCCCUCCCAAAGAAACCCGCGAGUUCAACGGCAAAUCCUACGUCAUGGAAGAAGCCAUCUUCGGUGACUACGCCUUCGUCAAAGUCGCCAAAGCCGAUCGUCUCGGCAACUGCCAGUUCCGCAAAGCACAAAACAACUUCAACGAAGCCAUGGGCAAGAACGCGAAGAUGACGAUUGUCGAGGCCGAUGAGAUUGUUGAGGAUGGAGAGAUCGCACCAGAAGACAUUCAUCUCCAGGGCAUAUACGUGAAGAGGGUGAUCAAGAGCACAGUGGGCAAGGAGAUUGAGCGGAAGGUCUUCUGGAAGAGCCCCGAGGAGCAGAAGAAGGCACUGCUGGAGGGUGGCUCGACCGAAUCAUCACAGAAGCGCGAGCGCAUCAUCAAGCGCGCAGCACAAGAGCUGAAGGAUGGCAUGUAUGUCAACCUCGGUAUCGGUAUGCCGCUGGCAGCACCUGCAUUCCUGCCCGAGGGCACCGAGAUCGUUUUGGAGUCUGAGAACGGAAUCUUGGGUAUGGGACGGUAUCCUAAGCCUGGCGAGGAGGACCCCGACCUUAUCAACGCCGGAAAAGAGACCGUAACUCUGAUCAAGGGCGCAUCGACGUUUGGCAGCCAUGAGUCCUUUGGCAUGAUUCGAUCAGGUCGGAUAGACGUCGCCAUGCUAGGCGCCAUGCAAGUGAACCAAUACGGAGACCUCGCAAACUUCAUGCUUCCCGGAAAGGUCAAAGGCAUCGGCGGCGCAAUGGACCUAGUCGCGAACCCCACACAAACCAAAGUCGUCAUCACCAUGGAACACGUCGACAAGAAGGGCAACCCCAAGAUCCUGAACCAAUGCACAUUCCCUCUCACAGGACAAAAGUGCGUGAGCACCAUCAUCACGGACCUGGCAGUAUUCGACUGCGAUCGCGUCGAAGGUUUGACCCUGAAGGAGCAUGCCAAGGGCGUCACCGUGGAUGAGAUCAGAAGCAAGACAGAGGCGCCAUUCAAAGUCAGUGAGAAUUUGAAGGAGAUGAGCGUGUAG